AUGGAGAUAGUUUGCAUAUCCAAAGCGAUUCAUCGUGGUCGAUGUCUCUUAUCAACACGUGUCACAGUUGGGUUGCCAUCCUUUUUGCCUACCCUUUGGCGCUUGCCUAACCACGUCAGCCAAUUGUUUUUUAAACGGCGUGGAAACCGGAGAUAUCGGCGGCUCGAUCUUCAUAUAGCGGUUUUCAUGGGGCCGUGGGGGCAGGGGCACCUUUCAUUUGCUCUCUCCUCAAUUAACUUAUGUUUUUUGGGGGCCAAAGCCCAAUUAACUUAUUUAAAUCCCCCAUCUUUCGUCUGCCCCUUCUCCAGAUAUUUUUUUCUCUACUACUCGUCUUCGGUUUCCCAAGCUUCUUCAGGUACAAAUUUCUUUGUCUCCUUCAAAGAAACAGAUCUCAUUUUUUUCUCUAUUUUCUCGUUUUCUUUGUUUCUUUUUUUCUCGAUUCAGGUGACAUUAAGAGGAGGGAGAGUUUUAGAUUCAAAGCAAAUUAGGUUUUGGCUCGCAGGGUAUCCUGAACUGGUGUUCUCAGAUUGUUAUAUGAACCAUUCUUUUUGUAUCGCGGAUCAUGGUAUCAGUUUUCUGUCUGCUAUGUUAUGUGAUGAAGAAAAAGAAGUUACCAUGAAAAGAAGUUGGAGAUCAAAUUGUGGCAAAGGAAGCAGUAUCUUGAUAUAUUAUACCAUAUGGAGGAAAAUAUACCCCAAUUUUGUAGCUCUUGCUGGUGUCUCGUGGUUUUGUUGCUGUGGCUGGCUUAGCUGGAGAUGGACAGGCACAUGUGAGUCCUCUCCAAUACCAAGACCAUUUGUGAGAAGGGAGUCUUUGUUUGCACCAUUCACUUCCCUUGUUCCAUAAACCUGGAAUGUGAAACUUUUUGGUUGAGGUUUACCUUCUUAUAGAGUUCCAGAUUUUCUUGAUAAACGAGGUUCCCCUGCAAUGAGACAAAGCAAUUUAACCACUUGAGCUGAGACAGUAUGAUAGUUUUGCAGUUGUUGUCUUAGAAUUGCUACCUCUCUUUGCCAGAGCUGAAAAAUAAGACACAUGAUACGGUAAGAUUCACAGUGCACAACUUUUUAUUGCUCAAAGUAUGAUUGUGCAUAUAAAUAACUUUGACACUGAAAUAUUACAAUAACCAUACAUAUAUAUAGACUUGACAAUGCUCUGAAUUACCUAUACAAUCAUUGGCAAUUCACAACAGAAUCAAACAUAUUUAGAUCCAAGGUUCUUGCUAGAGAGGAUUUUUUAUCUUGUAGAGAAAGUUGCAUUAUGAGUUCAAUUAAUGUGUUAGUGGGAGCAGUAAUUUGAUGGUUUAAUUAUUUGGAUGAUAAGUCACUUCGUGAGUUCUUGGUCUACUUGUCAAAGUUAUGCACAUUCUUAGCUCUUGACCCAGAUGCUUGAUUCUAUUGUUGCCUUUUGGAUUGCCUGAUCAAGCAACUCAGCAAGUAAAAUUAGGCUGUUAGAGCUAACAACUUUUCAAAAUCCAUGCGAAAUUUACAUGCACUGAUAGGUGCGUUUUCUUCUGGAUAUUGCAAAGAACAUUCUUCUAGGAGUAAUGUGUUUUCUAUUUGGAGAUUGGAGAAUGCUUCUAAGCUUCUAUAUAUAUCACCAGCAAAAAGUAUAAAAGCAUAAGAGAGGUGGAGAUAUGAAUUUCAAAGUAGAUAGAUCAUAGAUGAGUCUUUGGAUUUGGUAUAGAAGCAAGGAAAGGUAUAUUUUGCCCUUGGAAUAUGUUAUUGACUUUGGAGCUGUCCAUGAAUAUGAUUUUUUGGAGGAAGCUUUUGCCUAUUUUGAGGCAUAAAAGUGAUGAAGAGAUGGCUUCUCAAGAAAAUCGAUGAAGUCUGUAUGGAAUGGGGUAAUUGUAAGGAUUUUCCUAUUUUUUAAGGUAACUGACUGUUGAAAUGCUAAUAAGAAAAGAGAUGAACACGCCCCUUAAUUUUGGAUUACCUGAUCAAGCAAUUUAGCAAGUAAAAUUAGGCUGUUAGAGCCAGAAGCUUUUUCUUCUGGAAAUUGCAAAGUACAAACUUUCUUCUUGGAGUAAUAUGUUUUUUAUUUGGGGAUUGGAGAAUGCUUCUAGCUUCUAUGUAUAUCAGCUGUGAAAAGUUUAAAAGCAUAAACAUGGUGGAGAUAUAAAUCCCAAAGUAGAUUAUAGAUGAGUUUUGGAUUUGGUCUAGAAGCAAAGGAAUUCGAGGUCUAUUUUGCCCUUGGAAUAGGUUGUGGACUUUGGGGCUGUCCAUGAAUAUGAUUUCUUGGAGGAAGCUUUUGCCUAUUUUAAGGCAUUAAAAAGAUGAAGAGAUGGUUUGUCAAGAAAGUCAAUUAAGUCUUUAUGGAAAGGGGUAAAUGUAAGGAUUUUUCUAUUUUUUAAGGUAACUGCUUGUUGAAAUUUUAAUAGGAAAAGAGAUGAAAAUGGCCCUGAUUUUUGGAUUGCCUGAUCAAGCAACUUUAGCAAGUAAAAUUAGGCUGCUAGAGAUAGCAACUUUUCAAAAUCCAAUGUGAAACUUAUAUGCACCAAUAGAUGCUUUGCUUCUGGAUAUUGCAAAGUACAAACUUUCUUCUUAGAGUAAUAUGAUUUCUAUUUGGACAUUAGAGAAUGCUUCUGGCUUCUAUUUAUAUCAGCAGGGGUGGAGAUAUGUAAUCCAAAGUAGUUGAUGGAGGAAGCUUUUUCCUAUUUUGAGGCACGAAAGAGAUGAAGAGAUGGCUUCUCAAGGAAAGUAAUGAAGUCUUUAUGGAAAGGGGUAAUUGUAUUGAUUUUCCUAUUUCUAAGAAAAAUGCUUCUUGAAACGUUAGUAGGAAAGGAGAUGAAAACGGCCCUGAUUUUUGGUGACUGAUCAAGCAACUUAGCAAGUAAAAUUAGGCUAUUAGAGUUAACUUCUCAAAAUCCCAUAUGAACUUUAUAUGCACCUAUUGAUGCUUUUUCUUCUGGCUAUUGCAAGCACAAACUUUCUUCUUGGAGUAACAUGAUUUCUAUUUGGAGAUUGGAGAAUGUUUCUAGCUUCUUUAUAUAUCACUGGUAAAAAGUUUAAAAGCAUAAAAGGGUUGGAGAUAUGAAUUCCAAAGUAGAUAGAUUAUAGAUGAGUCUUUGAAUUUGGUCUAGAAGCAAGAAAUGACAAGUUCGAUUUUGCCCUCGAAAUAUGUUGUUGACUUUGGAGCUGUCCAUGAAUAUGAUUUGUUGAAGGAAGCUUUUGCCUAGUCUGAAGGCAUGAAUGAGAUGAAGAGAUGGCUUCUCAAGAAAAUUGGUGAAGUUUUUAGAGAAAGGUGUAAUUGUAAUGAUUUUCCUAUUUUCUAAGGUAACUGUUUGUUGGCAGGUUAAUAGAGUAGAGUGAUUUAAACACGAGGAACAGAUAAAGUAGGUUUUACCAUUGCCAACCCAUGUAGCGGAGAUUUCCCAAUGGUGAAUUAAAUAAUUUUUCAUGGGCAAAACUUGGAGUCAAGUUCAAAGCGUCACCCCUUAAAACAUCUGGCUCCAUUUUUUUUGACGAGGAAGACAUUGGCAAUGGUUCUCUAAACUGGGAAAAUUUCUUCCAUACACAUAGGAAACUUAGAUAGCUGACUGCUACGUAGGCCGUAGUCUCUAGCUUCAUCAAAUCUCUUCUUUCCUUUAUUCAAUGAUUCUCCUUAAGAUAUCUGCUGACAUUGGAAAUUUCUUGCUUUAUUGAUCUGUUAAUAUCUUAGUCAUGUUUAUGCUGUAGUUGCCCUCUAAAACCACAAGUACAAAGCAUUGUUACUAACAAGAUGGUUUUUAUCUUGACAACAGGCUGAGAUAAAUGGUAGUUUCGCUCUAAAACUUUCUAGGUUGAAUGUCAUGACUAUGAGGCAGUACCAGUAACCUCUUUUUAACCUUCCAUCCCUGCAUAUUUAUGUAAGGUAUUGCUUUCUUCCUUCAUUACGUGUAUAGUCUAUACCAAACAUCAAAUAAAUUUUUUCAUGAUGACUUCAUACAGUAACUUCUAUGGUUGGAACCUUGGCUUCUAAAAGUUAUCUGGUACAUAAAAAUAAAACAUGUAAUUUGUACAUGCUACUAAGUACUAAAUACCACAUGAAUACUAUCAUGAUUUGACCUUAGUUGUCAAUGGAAGGUAUCUUACUGGUCACAACUAAGACCUGCUCAAACUGUUUAAUUCUCUGUGUGGUCUGAGCUUUUUAGCACAUGUACCCUUCCUUUUAAUUAUUUUAUUUUAGAAUAUAUCGUUUUUAGCACAAAUAGAAAUAUGUCCUAGACUCGUACAUUUUCUAGACAUCAUCUUAUUAUGGUUUUUCUUUUUUAUUAGCUGCAAAAGAUAUUUUGCUAGUUGAACCUUUACAAUCACUCCUUUAUGGUAUAUAUCUUUUAGGAAAUUCUUUCCCACGGUUUAUGGUGACACUGCUUGUCUUUUGCAAAUCACAUUGUCCCAAGCCCAGAAAAAGGAGGAUUGUGGUGUUUAUAUGACCAAGAAAGGUUUUUAGCUACAUCUUAAACAUAAAUCUGAGCAGGAUCAUGGCUGAAAAAGUGAAGUUUUGGGUUAUUCAAUCUGACAUCUUUCAUUAAUGGAAAUUUUUUGAUGUAGUGAGUAAUAGCUCUGAUUGUUCGCUGUUUAAGAAUUCUUUCCUAUUUCUUUUUGGAACAAAAUCUGAUUCCUAUUUGAUGUCCAUGGUCUCACCUGAAGCUAAUAAUUUGCUUCCUAGUAUUUUCAUUUUGCUGAUGUUCACCCUGGGCUAGAUUUUCUUUUCCAUGAUGUCAUCCAAUUUAUUAUAUCUUAUUGAUACUGUUUCCAUCAUCUAGAGCUAUGAGAACAACACAGUCCUGGCACGGUAAUUUAGCCUAUUUAUGCAUUCCAACAUUUAGAAGAGGAGUUAAUGGAAUAUAUUUGAAUCAAUUGUUAUCUUUCAGGUUUUGGGCUGUCAAGUUUGUCAGUAGAUGCAUAAAGUCUAGACCUGAAACCAAUAUCUAGCUAUAAAAUAGUUGCAAGCAUUUUCUGUCAGUGCCUUCUACCCACUGUCAACCCAGAAAAACACAGAGCUGGUUUUUAGCUCUACUGGUCCUAGUUUUUGUUCAGCUAAAAUAGUAUAUGCAAAGUUAGGAAUGUUGAAUUUCGCACAUUACAUUUCCAGAUGUGCUUGUAAUAAGUUUGGUCCAAUAAGUGGAAAUUUAUUGACCUUGAAUCUUACCUUUUCUUUUUCCGGUAGAAGCUAAAUGCAUGCAAAUUCACUAAUACACAUUGAGCAUGCUCUGAAGGUGAAAUACAAGAAAUUUAGUAUUAAGUACCAAACAAUACCUUGACUUGAGAGGUUGGGUUCCCCAGUUGAUGUUCCACCUUAGUUUUGCUGUAUCGUUCAAUUACUGAUCUCAUGCUGUCAAGAGAAGAUUUGAAUUGCAUCAGACAUUCUGUAAUUUCUAAAUGCCUACAUGAGAGAAAAGAAAAACAGAGAGAAUGAUGGUCACAUAACAUUCGAAACGGCCACACAUGGGCUCUAGAAAGUAUAAUGGUAUCUUAUGUCAACUUCACCGCUUUCUCUCUCUCUCCUUUCCAAGUGUAUCUAAUAGUGUUGUAUAUUUGUAUCUGACAAAUUCGUGAUUAUAUUAGUCAACAGAAGCUUCCUUCCAGGAGCUAAAUCAGGUGGUGUACAGAAAAACGAAAGUUGCAAUCCUAAAAGUGAGUAUUCUUUUUGGUUAAAUAUGAAAGUUAAGUCUUAACUAGUCAGAAUUUUGUUUACCUGUCCUCGCUUUAUUUAAUCUUGUACUUUUCUGUUCAAAUAUGACAUCUAAACUAGACAGACAGAUUGCAUUCUUAGUAAAAUUUGUAUUCUUUCAAUCUCUACAUUGCCACCUUUCCUUUCCCUCCUUAACUAGUCAGAAUGUUGUUUCCCUGUCCUCUCAUUAUUUAAUCUUGUACUUUUCUGUUCAAAUAUGUGCCUUUGCCUCCCCACUUUGUUUCCGAAUCUGAUUAGUAAAGAAGAGGUCAUCUGUCUGGCUGAAAUUAUCUGUCAUUUUGAGAAAGGAUUAUUGAUCCCGUUGUUAUAUGUCAACUCUCCAUGAUUCUUUACCACGAGUAGGGAGCAUAAAAGAUUGGAGCUUGUUUGACUUCAUGACCUCAGGCAAGGUAUGCAUGCUUCUUUGCUAUCUAAGUGAGGUGUUUUGUCUUAAGCUGCUGUUGACACAGAAGUUAUUUGGUUUAUUCCUUUAAGAUCUCAUUAUUUUUCACCAUCUUAUGCGUUUUUUGAUCCCAAAUUCAUCUUCCCUCUUUUCCAUGGAUACCAUAUCUGCAAGUUCUGUGCGUGGUAAUUUAUGUUAGAAUCAUAUUUCGUGUAAUAUUUUCCAAAAGUUAACCCAUAGAUCUGCUUCAGUACAAUCAAAUUUUCACCAGAGGUUUGGCUUUUGGGCUUGCACUGUGGUUUCUUGAUCCUAGAGCCAUUUGCCCUUUUAUAACUACUUGCGUCAUUUGGGUUGAAAAUUUUAGUCCAAAAAUAGUUGGAUUACUCACAAUGAUAGAGGAUGUAAAUACAUAGAACUUCAAUAUAUAGCUGAAUCAAUUUUCUGUCACCCAAAUUCAGCAUUUUUUUUUUCAUUUUUCUUAACAAAACCACAUUUCGCAAACUCUUAGCUACUCUUUCUGUUAGCUCAGUUUUGUUCAGAUGACAUCCUUAAAGAUGACAUAUAGGAAGUUUGAGAUUUGAAUUCAAAUACCUGUAAUAUUUUUUACUAUUUUUAAGCUUCUUUUCUUGUAUAAAAAAAUUUCUUAUUAUUAUGCAUUCAAACUUAGAAAAUUUGACUCUUAAUUGUGAUGUCUUAAAUAAUCUCAUGGUUGAUAUUGUAGAUAAGUUUGAAAUGAGUUUUUACACAAACAAAUUUGCACCUAGUACAUGAAUGAGUUGAUCGAAAUCAACUUGAUAAGUUCGACCUACAUGUGCUCAGGAAGACUUUAUGUUUGAUAUUAAACAUUUUGAUGUGAACUGUUGACUCAAAAGGGACUAAACAGGGUAAUUGGAUGCUUUGGCUUAUAUUAUAUUGACUCUGUUAUGACAUACAUACAUACAUACAUACAUACAUAUAUAUAUAUAUAAAUUAGUAAAAAUGACAAGUAAAAAUAUUUUUAUUACUUGUUUUUUUUUUGUUAGGUUCUUAGUUCUUUCAAGUCAAAGUAUUAUAAAACCCUACUUUGACUUAAUUUAUUAUGUGAAUUACUCCAAAGCAAUUAAGCUAAGGUUUGGAUAUAAAUUUUAUUAUUUGUAAUUAAUUUUUAUUUUCAUGUAGUGAUUUUUUUUUGUAUAAAAAAUUUUAUAAUUAUGUCGUACAAGGUUAGACAUGCUAAGGGUUGAAUUACUUGUCAAAAUUUGGAAGACCAUAAAUUUGGGAGGGUUGUGUAUAAAUUUUAGAUUUGUUAAAUAAGUCUAGCCUUGAAUUUUAGGUUCAUUUAGAAAUCAGGCUCGAGUGUAAUGGCCCUAGAGAAUAGUUGUGAAUCUCACAUAUGUUGUAUAUUAGAGUUGGUGGGUUUGUAUCACUUUUAACUUGUGGUGUGUCUUUUGUGUGACAAAAUUAUGAUGUUCAAUAGGAUUAAAGUAGACAAUAUCUUGAUGUUGGGUAUUAGAGCUAGUUUUGGGAACGUUAGGUAUCAAAUUCAGUUUUGGAGGUAUUAACGAUGUGUCAUAAAAAACGGUGGACUUUUGUUGGGGGAGAAUAUCAUGAUCCUAGAGAGCAGCUAUGAAUUUAACUUGCGAGUUUUUAUUAAGACCAAAUUGUAACAUCUAGCAAUUUAAAGUGAGCAAUACUCACAAGUUGUAGAUUGUAAUGUCGAGCCUUGCUCAUGAAGUUUAAGGCUCGAGUUCAGCUUGCUUUGGCUCAAAUAACUAUAAUAUAUAUUUUAUAUUUAUUUUACAUAAAAAUAAAUAGAUAAUUAAAUAAUACAUAUGUAUACAUUAACAUCCUAUGUUUAUAUAUAGUAACCAUAUUCAAAAAUCAAAUUAAAUUAACAAAGUAUUUUUUAUUUUAUUUCGUUGAUUAUUUAUUUUAUCAUAAUUAGUAUUUAUCAUAAAAAUUAUUUUUAUUCUUUUAAUUUGAAGAAAAUAAAAUAUGAACAAACUUGGAUAACUCUUUUAAAAUGGAUUUGGCUUGGGUAGCAAAACAAGGGUCAUAUUUCAAACCAAACUUGAAUAAGCUUGAAACUGGUUAUUAUAUUAUGUAGGCUCGGCUUGAGUUAGACCAGGGUCAUAGACAAGUUUAUUCAAUAUUAUAUAUAAAUUUUUUAAUGAACCUUAAAUUGUUUGUAAAUCAUUUUAUUUUAGGAGGGUUUUUUUUUUUUUCGGUAUUUGAUGGUAUUAGGAUUUGCACUCUUUAAGGACAAAAUUAUAUCAAGGAUAUGGGGAUAUAUAUUAUUUUUAAUUAUUUCAUUUGUGGACAUGAAAUAAUUUUCUAAAAAAAUUACAUCACAUCUCCGGAUACGAGCGUUUCUUAAUGGGAGACAGAGGGGUCAUGUAACCCCAAAA